AUGAUGGAGCUACAGAACAGCUUCGAUCUGCAGCAGCAAGAAAUGCUGAAACUGAAGGAGCGUCAAGAUGAGGAGAGGACCGAAUGGCGAGCGAAGCAUGAUGAGCAAAUUGUAAGCAUCGAGGUAAUACCAUACAAUAUUCCAGCAUCUUUUCGAUCAGUGGACAACUGUGUGAAUUUUUUUCUUGCUACAGAACCUCUAUGA